AUGAAGAAUAGACCUCCGACACUGACUGUCUCCACCCAGGGGCUCCAGUCGCCCUCCGCCAGCUUACCGCCAGGUGCGCUGGGCCCGACUGCCCCGGGAUCCCUUCGGUCACGACCGCUAGGUGCUCGGCGGCGGCAACCUUUGAACGCUGGGCUUUUCAUCGCAAACCCAGAUUCAUCGGACGAGGACGACUCUGCUGUAAAUGGGACACCCAGCAGCCAGACAAACGCUGCUGCCCCGAGUCACAGCAGUGGUGGAAGCACUCACCAGGUUUCGCCGCAACGAAGUUUUCGGUCAAGUUCUCCAACAACACGGAACAGCCCACAGCACAGUUCGCCUCAUGCGUCUCCUGUAGGGCAGGCAGGUACGAUUGGCCGGAACGCAAGCGCCGCGACUCCCCUGCCACCGAUCCCUCCCCAGCAGUCUGGGUCGACUGGUUCAAAUUCACUCCCAUCUGCAUCGUCCUCUGUAUCUCCCGGUGCGCCGCCGACGAUGAACACGACAUCACGACCACUACCGAUCUUGAACGCGCCAAAUACCAGACCCAGCUCUUCUAACCCUCACCAUGUCGGUGCGUCGAACCCCAUACUCUCUCUUGGUCCUCUGGGUUCACCGUUGUUAUCAGCUUUCCCUCUGCCCUCGCCGUCCGGGCAUGAGAUGGCUUCCUCGCUCAGCCAGAACAGCACCUGCAACGGAUCGACGGGUCACGCCCCAUCCUCCGCUUCCAGUUCGCGACCGAUGCCCCCCCAGCCCCCACCGCAACCAGAACGUCAUCGCGACUUUAGCCAGAAGCCAAGAGCGUUCACCACCCCGACGAUGGAGCGCGAGCGCGGCACCAUUGGCGACGCACGGGUAAACAGCAUCUAUCGCGAGCAACCCGGAUCGCCGAACCGGGCGUUGCCACCGCUGCCCCCCAUGAAAGCGCAGUCCGUGCCGUCCCCGACCGCAGGGCAACUGAACCAGCUGCAUGGAUCGUCACCCAGCAAUCACCCCGGCCACUUCCACCCUCCCCACUUAUUCCCCCCCACCCCGCCCACGCCUGCAGGGCCUUCCCUCACUCGAGUAUCCAGCCCCGACGACGCGCUGCAUGUCCCUGACCGACGACAAAGGUCAAACUCAAUGUUCAAAGUGCUGCUUCAAGUCACAACAGACAACGAGCAGUUCUCCAUUGUUGACAUCACAGGGGUUCACACGGCGGAAGCCAUUCGGGAACGCAUCUUCUCCAAGGUGGGUUAUUCUAUAUUAUUGUGUUCGCUAACUUGUACCAGCUUCGUUCUCCGAUCUAUUCUCGUCGACGCCAAUGGAUCGUCACCCAGCAAUCACCCCGGCCACUUCCACCCUCCCCACUUAUUCCCCCCCACCCCGCCCACGCCUGCAGGGCCUUCCCUCACUCGAGUAUCCAGCCCCGACGACGCGCUGCAUGUCCCUGACCGACGACAAAGGUCAAACUCAAUGUUCAAAGUGCUGCUUCAAGUCACAACAGACAACGAGCAGUUCUCCAUUGUUGACAUCACAGGGGUUCACACGGCGGAAGCCAUUCGGGAACGCAUCUUCUCCAAGCUUCGUUUCCGAGAUGAUGACUACCCGACGUUGUCGCUGUUCCGAACGAGCAUCGGCGAGUCCCCCGAACCCACGCCGAUCGCGAACCCGAGCCUUCUACACUUGUGCCAGAGCCUGGGCGAUUCGCAGGCUUCCCUCAAGUUCCUGGUCGUCCAGACUGGCGCCCCGCGAUCGUCGUCGUCAAUGGUCCCGCCACCGUCUGCGUCGACAGAGUACUCCACUCGGGGCCCACCAGCGAUCGUCACAGACAUGCCGGCUCCUCCUUACACUCCGGAUCCGCACUCGAGCGGCCACUCCAAGGACGGAAGUCUCAGCUCAGCCAGUGGUGCCUCGAUGGAUCGGCGCCAGGGCAGCUUCCACAGCAUGAGCGAUGCUGAAGAACUGCCGUUCUACGGUACACGGGGUAUGCGUCAGCCAACGCUGUCCACGAGCUCGGCCUCCCCCAUCGGCAGCAAUGUGUCGCGCCCCUCACUGCACACAAACUCGAGCUUGGGUGCGGCGCCCGUGAGAGUCGGAUCCGUCUCGACACCUGACUUGACGCGGGAUCCGCACGACGACGAGUAUGGCAUGACGUUACCUGCUUACCCCGCAAACGAAUCACGAGACAUGGGAGCGACCAUCCGCGCCAGCACCUCGUCGACUCCCCAGCCCCCGCCAGCGGUCACGGCGUUCCCCAGCGACCACGCUGGUCCCAGUGGCUCGGCGUCUCCCUCAAGAUCGUACUCGACUGCUUCCACCAGCCUCGACAUUCCGAACAUUCCGGGUCUCGACCGAGCCACGCUCGAUGCAAUGGACGAGGAGACGAAAGCUCUCGUCAUCGCACUUGCGCAGGAGGAGCAGCAGGUCGUCACCCGCAGGCAGGAGCAAGAACUGGCAGAUGCUGAGCUCGCCCUCAGAACGCAGCAGACGGAAAGGGAGCACUGGCAACAGGAGCAGGAACGCCGCCAGUCCGAGUUUGACCAGGUUGCAGCUGAUGCUGCUGAAGCUCAGCAGGAGCGAUUACUAGAGGAGCAGCGACACGAGCGCAUGCUGGAGGAGCAGCGGCACGAGCGUAUGCUGGAGGAACAGCGGCAGCUGGAGGAAGAGCGUCGGACGAGUCUGUCGCGCGACAACGAGGCGGACCGCGCCCACUCUGUUGCCAUCGAGCGCCAGAUGCGUCGGCACAUGUAUCAGAACCAAAUGGCUACCCCGGGAGACUACCACUCCCUGCCGGGCCCAUCUGCGCCGAUCCCGUACGAUGCGCGGCGACCGUCAGACUCGCAGGCGGAGCGGCCAUGGGUGCCUCCGUACACGCCGUCGUCUCCGCCAGAGCAGAACGGUCACAUCUAUGGUCGUGCCCCGUCGUAUGAGGCCGCGGUUGCUCAGACGCCACACGUCAACGAAGCCGGCGUGCGCCGAACGUCGAACAACAUGCCGCCAUAUGCUCAUCAUGCCGCAUCCGUGCCCCAGCCUACCGACCCGCGCGCCACCAGUCGCCAAGGUCGGUAUGCGACCUACGGACCGACGACUGCCCCAUCUGCGAGGCACAACUCUGGAUCGACCCCGAUCAGUGUCGAGUUCCCGUCACCGCAUCCAUCGUGGCCUGACCCGUCGCCCCCGAUCAGUACAUCGCCGGAUGCCUCAAGUGUGCGCAGACCUAGCGAAGCGCAGACCAGCCCUCCUGUCAAUGGCCAGACCCAUCAAGGCAGCUACUUCCCGCCGCGAGCCGGAUCUGACCCGCGACCCCGCGUCCCUCGUCAUGAUGUUACGCCCAGGCGGAUGUACUCGAGCGAUCACUACGGGCGCGAGAUUGAGCUCUCUGACAGCGUGUCGGCAAGCGGAACCGUCACUUCGGACGCGGCGACGAUCAUGCCGAGCGAGGGCACAGCACGCCCCGAGGACUGGCAGCAUCGUCUGGACAAUAUGAUCGGCCACCACAACGGUGCUACCCGCAACCCGCAGUCGGUGCUGUCGUCCCCUGAUGAGGCUACGCUCUUCGUGCCCGCCACACGCCCGCAGUUGACUGUCAACACCACGCGAGCACCGGCGCGCAACCGCUCACCCAUGCCGGCGCAGUACUCUGCUGACAGCUCCGACUCGGAGAGCAACAAUGACGAGGAAGGACGCGAGUGGCGCCAGCGAUCUGUCAACGCACUCAGAAAGGGCGGCUGGCGUCCUGACCCCGAGCAGCUCUACGACAACCUCCAGGACUUCUUCCCAAAGAUCGACCUCGACAAGCCCAUCGUCGACCCUGUCGUCUCCUCCACGCCCAGCACGCCAAACUCGGAGUCGCCGCGGAACACGUUCGAGAUGCAGCGUCGGCCCGAGACCCCCGAGAUGGUCUCGGCCGCUGUGCAUGCGAUGAGCGGGCGCUCCGGCUCGAGCUCUGCCCGCGACGAACCGCAGCGUGUUAACCCCGUUCGAGGCGCAAUCUCUGCCGCGACCGCGGCGAUCGGUGGUGCCUUCAACCGGGCCGAGAACCGCAAGUCGAUCCGAAACGUCGCCGAGCACAAAAAGAAGUCGCUGCAGCGGAACAGGGAGCGCGAUGCCCAGGUCGACCAUGACCAGGUCAUUCUCGCGAACCAGGCCGAGGAGCGGCGGAUCAAGCGCUCGUCGAGCAUGUGGGGACACCGCGUCGUCGAAGUCACGCCGUCGCGCAUGUCGGAGAUCUUACCAGCGACGAUCCCCGAGUCACCGAGCGGCGACGGCAAGCCGCAGACGCUCAACUGGGUCAAGGGUGGACUGAUCGGACGAGGAUCCUAUGGCCGCGUGUACCACGCGCUCAACGUCACGACCGGAGACGUUAUGGCUGUCAAGCAGGUCGAGAUUCCGCGAACGGAGCGGGACAAGAAUGACAACCGGCACCAGACCAUGGUGGAGGCGCUGCGCAAGGAGCAGGGUCUGCUGCAGAACCUGUAUCACCCCAACGUCGUCGCGUACCUCGGCUUCGAGGAGGGCACCAAGUACCUGUCGAUUUUCCUCGAGUACGUUCCCGGAGGCACGAUCGGAUCGAUCUACCGCACGCCCGAUCACGGCCGCUUCGAGGAGAACCUCAUCAAGUUCUUUACCGGACAGAUUCUGCAGGGCCUCGAGUAUUUGCACAGCAACAACGUGCAGCACCGCGAUCUGAAGAGCGACAACAUUCUCGUCGACGCCAACGGCGUGUGCAAAAUCUCCGACUUCGGCAUUUCGAAGCGCACUUCUGAGAACGCGUACGAGUCCAACCUCAACACCUCGAUGCAGGGCUCCGUCUUCUGGAUGGCGCCCGAGGUUAUGAUGAAGGACCAGUCGCGAGAUGCCAGCCGAGGCUCCGGCAGGAGCUCCAGCGGAUCGGGGCGCGAGGACAACACCUACAGCGCCAAGGCGGACAUUUGGUCGCUUGGUUGCGUUGUCGUUGAGAUGUGGACAGGCCAGCGGCCGUGGGGCACAAUGCAGAUGCUGCCCGUCAUGUACGCCUCAACCCUGGGUCACGACACACCGAGUAUUCCGCCCGAGAUCCUCGAGACGAUGUCGCCGACGGCCGUACAGUUCCUGUACAGCAAGUGCCUGUGCUGGGAGUCGAAGGGACGCCCGACGGCCGCCGAGCUGUUGUCCGACCCGUUCGUAACGGAGCGCGACUCGACAUGGACGUGGCACAACUCGCGCAUCGGCCGGAGCGUCGCGCAGAAGGGUCUCGAGACGUACCGCAACGCUAGCUACAGCACGAACGGGCGCGCGGCAAGGAAAUAG